CGUGGCCGCCGGACGGUUGGGGGCGCGCCGGGCUGGGGCGCGGAGCCGCGGAAGGGGCGGUGCGUCGGGGUCCGCGUCGGGGUCGCGCGUCGGGCGCGCCGUGGCCCCGUCGGGGCGGCGGGAGCUGCGGAGCCGCCAUGGCGGACCUGGAGGCCGUGCUGGCCGACGUCAGCUACCUGAUGGCCAUGGAGAAGAGCAAGGCGGCGCCGGCUGCGCGCGCCAGCAAGAAGGUCGUCCUUCCGGAGCCCAGUAUCCGGAGCGUGAUGCAGAGGUAUCUUGCAGAAAGAAACGAAAUAACCUUUGACAAGAUUUUCAAUCAGAAAAUCGGCUUCCUGCUAUUUAAAGACUUCUGUUUGAAUGAAAUCGACGAAGCGGUUCCGCAGGUGAAGUUUUAUGAAGAGAUAAAAGAAUACGAGAAACUGGACAACGAAGAGGACCGGCUGCGCAGGAGCCGACAGAUGUAUGACGCCUACAUCAUGAGGGAGCUCCUGUCCUGUACACAUACAUUCUCAAAGCAAGCUGUGGAACAUGUUCAGAGCCAUCUCUCCAAGAAACAGGUGACAGCCACUCUUUUCCAGCCAUACAUAGAAGAAAUCUGUGAGAGCCUUCGAGGGGACAUUUUCCAAAAGUUCAUGGAAAGCGAUAAGUUCACCAGAUUUUGUCAGUGGAAGAAUGUGGAGUUAAAUAUCCAUCUGACCAUGAACGACUUCAGUGUACACAGGAUCAUUGGCCGAGGAGGCUUUGGGGAAGUGUAUGGCUGCAGGAAAGCUGACACCGGGAAAAUGUAUGCCAUGAAAUGCCUAGACAAGAAGAGGGUGAAGAUGAAGCAGGGGGAGACUCUGGCCUUGAACGAAAGGAUCAUGCUUUCCCUUGUCAGUACGGGGGACUGUCCCUUCAUCGUCUGCAUGACCUACGCCUUCCACACGCCAGACAAACUCUGCUUCAUCCUGGACCUGAUGAACGGGGGUGACAUGCACUACCACCUCUCCCAGCACGGGGUGUUUUCUGAGAAGGAGAUGCGCUUUUACGCCAGUGAGAUCAUCCUGGGCCUGGAGCACAUGCAUACCCGCUUCGUUGUCUACAGAGACCUGAAGCCUGCAAACAUCCUCCUGGAUGAGCACGGGCAUGUGAGGAUAUCUGACCUUGGCCUCGCCUGCGAUUUCUCCAAAAAGAAGCCUCAUGCCAGUGUGGGCACUCAUGGGUACAUGGCUCCCGAGGUGUUGCAGAAGGGGACUUCGUAUGACAGCAGCGCUGACUGGUUCUCCUUGGGUUGCAUGCUCUUCAAGCUCCUGCGGGGCCACAGCCCCUUCAGGCAGCAUAAAACCAAAGACAAGCAGGAGAUAGACCGCAUGACCCUAACAGUGAAUGUGCAGCUUCCGGAUGCCUUCUCCCCUGAGCUGAGGUCCCUGUUGGAGGGUUUGCUCCAGCGGGAUGUGAGCCAGCGGCUGGGCUGCUGUGGAGGCGGGGCACAAGAGGUGAAGGAACACAUCUUCUUCAAGGGCAUUGACUGGCAGCACGUGUACUUACGGAAGUACCCACCACCUCUAAUCCCUCCUCGGGGAGAGGUCAACGCCGCAGACGCUUUUGAUAUUGGCUCGUUUGAUGAAGAGGACACGAAAGGCAUCAAGCUGCUGGACUGCGACCAGGACCUCUAUAAGAACUUCCCACUGGUGAUCUCCGAGCGAUGGCAGCAGGAAGUCGUGGAGACCAUCUAUGACGCCGUCAACGCCGACACGGAUAAAAUCGAGGCCAGGAAGAGGGCUAAAAAUAAGCAACUUGGUCAGGAGGAAGAUUAUGCCCUGGGGAAGGACUGCAUCAUGCAUGGGUUCAUGCUGAAGCUGGGGAACCCCUUCCUCACGCAAUGGCAGAGGCGCUACUUCUACCUCUUCCCCAACCGACUGGAGUGGAGAGGAGAGGGCGACUCUCGGCAAAAUUUACUGACCAUGGAUCAGAUCCUGUCUGUGGAAGAGACCCAGAUUAAAGACAGAAAAUGCAUUCUAUUCAGGAUAAAAGGAGGGAAGCAGUUUGUCCUGCAGUGCGAGAGUGACCCCGAGUUUGCACAGUGGCUGAAGGAGUUGACAUGCACCUUCAAUGAGGCCCAGAGGCUGCUGCGUCGCGCCCCCAAGUUCCUCAACAAACCCCGGACCACCAUCCUGGAAUUCUCCAAGCCACCGUUGUGCCACAGGAAUAGCAGUGGCCUCUGAACCACAGAGCAGCAGGGCCCCCAGGAGGGGCCCCAGCACUUCAGCCCAGGAGUGGAGUGGGGCCACGGGGAGCCGUGUGGAGCUGAGACACAGCGGUUCUGAGUACUGGGCUGCUCCAGGCUGGGGAUGCCCAUGACACCAAGAUGGCCCUGCAGGAGCUGGGACAUCCUCUGGGCUGGCCUGUCCACAUGCGAAAUUACAGGAGAAGCAGAAGGAGUUUCUCUGCCCACCCACUUGCUUUGGUAUCCAUGGACUCAGGACAUGAAAUGAGCCUUACCACUCAAGCUUUUA